AUGACAGCGUCUCCCACGACGGGGGAGGCCCUGAGGCUAGCUUUUUGCUGCUGUGGUAUCAUCGGCUCGCUCGUGGUGUACGGCGUCCUGCAGGAGCGCGUCAUGACGCUGCCAUACGGGAAGGGCGAUAACAAGGAACUCUUCCGGUUCAGCCUGUUCCUCGUAUUCUGCAACCGCCUGGUCGCAGCCCUGAUCGCACUCGCGACAAUGCUGGCCAAGGGCGCGUACAGCGAGCUGCGGCCCGUCGCCCCCAUCCAGAACUACGCCAGCGUGUCGCUCUCCAACGUGCUCGCCACCACCUGCCAGUACGAGGCCCUGAAGCACGUCAGCUUUGCCGUCCAGACCCUGGGCAAGUGCGCCAAGAUGUUCCCGGUCAUGGCCUGGGGCUUCCUCAUGCUGCGCAAGCGCUACGGCGCGCGGGACGUGGCGCUCGCGGCCGCCAUCACGGGCGGCUGCUUCGUGUUCUUCACGUUUGGGCCCACGGCCAGCAGGUGCGCGCGGCGGGUGGCAGGGGCGCCGCCGGCGGCGGGCGGCGGGGGCCGCGCCGGCCGCGGGUGGCGGGGGCAGCGCGGGUGGCGGGGGCGGCGCGGGAGGGUGUCUGGGGGCCCUGGUGGCACCGCGUGGGGCGUCCUGCUCAUGAGUGGGUACCUCGUGGCUGACGGCUACACGUCAACAUUCCAGCAGGCCAUGUUCAAAGGGUACCAGAUGAGCACAUACAACCAGGUCAUGUACACCUGCCUGUGCUCCCUAGUGCUCAGCUCCUUUGGCCUGGCCACCAGCGGCCAGCUUCCCGACACCUUCCGCUUCCUGCGGGCCCACCCCGAGGCCCUCGGCUCCAUCCUCGCGCUCUCCACCGCCGCCAGCUGCGGCAGUCUCUUCAUCUCUUUCACCAUCAAAACAUACGGCGCACUGACUUUCGCCACCAUUAUGACCACGCGUCAGCUGAUCUCCAUCCUUCUCAGCGCCCUCAUCUUCUCAAACCCCCUCACGCGCGGGCAGUGGUGCGCCCCCCGGCGCGCGCAGCGGCUCCCGGCCGCGCAGUCGCUCCAGGGGUCGCGGGAGCGGCGGGUGGGCACUGUCAUGGUGGUGACCGCCCUCUAUUACCAGGGGCUUACUAAGGAGGCCGCGCACGGCAAGGCCGGCGCCGCCCCGCGCGCCCCCGCCGCGGCGGCGGCGGCGGCCGCGGCGGAGGAGAAGGCGCCACUCGUGCCGGGGCCGCGGCCGGGCACGCGGCAGGGGGAGGCGAAGGAGGGCGGGCGCGUGUGA